CCAAUUUUAGCUGCUUCUUAUGGAAGUUUCAACAAAAAUGAUGUGCCGGAUUUGGUCAAUGCGAUUUCUAGAAGUGAGAGUGAGAUAUUCAGUCACUCUGAUGAUGAAGAACCCUUCUAUUCUGCGUUCACCGCACUCUCUGCUCAUUACAUAGGCUGCAAUGCCGCAAAUGUUUGCAAAAGCUGGAUGCCCGAUGUUAUGUCGGCAUGCCGUGUUCUGAUUCGCUUCUUCCUGCUAAGGCUGCGGGAUCCUCACGAGCUGUGUGCAGUGUCACAGAAACAACUGGCCAUCAGCAUCAAGGCGCUGCACAAGGGCAUCAGUCUGCUGCAGCGGACAGACGUGAUAACGCUAACGAGCGUGAUGAAGUCUGCAAAACUACCGCAGCACAUCAAGACUCGUGGCGACGAUAAGAAUGACAAACCGGACGAGGAGAAGGAGAGGAAGGCAUCUAAGAAGCUGUCUCGCGUCGACCCGGUCUCCUGCAUGGUGGAGCAGCUGAUGUCUCCCAUCCGCGGCACGCGCCGCACCAAGUACAAGGAGGAGGUGGAGCCGAUCAAGAGUGUGAACAGCGACGGCGACACGACGAUCGUGCACAUCACCGACCCGAGCCGCGAGAUACAGACUCUCUUCAUGGACAGCAUUCUUACGGUGCUUCACGAGCUCAACGCGGGCGAGAUCCUGCUGGACGUCUGCUGUGAGCUGACCCACCUGCGACGCUACAUCGAUCGCUGCCAGGAGGCGCUGGCCGGCGGCGCCUAUGCCGUCCCGACGACCGUCGGAGAGGCCGUCAGCACGAGGAACAGUCUGCAGGGGCUGAUGAACGACCUUCACAUCGUGUGGCGCGUUACCAGCAUGCCGCUGCUCGAACCGAUGACCUCUGCGCGUCUCCACAAGGUCGCGACCGUCGUCAUGAGCUGCCUCUUCGCGUCCGUGUCCGUCGCCGCGAGCAACAGCGUUCUCGCCGUCGCCGCCGCCGCGCAGAUCAAAGGUGCGAACAUCCAGAAGGACGACGACGUGGAGCAGUAUGCGAUGAGCAUCGUGCAGAAAAGCCUUGACAACUACAAUGCUGUUGCAACAGUGAUAAAGAAUUCUACCAGAGCUGGAGGCCACAGCCUGCAAACUUCCACAUGAACGCCCGUGGAU